AUGGCAGACAGCAGCAAUGAUAAGAGGCGGCCAAGGGCCCCUACCAUAACGAUAGAUACAUCAUACGUUCCCAACAUGCAGACCGACGGCACUCCGGCGUUCGCGCAGUCUCCCACGUUGAUGAUAUCAGACGUAUCAGACGAUGGCUCACAGAGCCCACUCACAGCAGCCGAAAUGCUGGCAAGCAACUGGCCGGGAGGGGGCUCGACACCAGGGUCGUCCAAUGGGGUGGGACCUCGGGACAGCCGGCCGACCAGCCCGCACAACGUGUUGAUGGCCAGUCCGGUGCGGACGCACGGCUUCUUGGAGGUGCCAGACAGGAGUCGGUCUCGACAGAACUCGGUGGACUCGGACGACGGAGCCCGGUCAGUGGCCGUGUCCCAGGGCGACACGGUGGUUGGCAGCUCCAGCGGCGGUGGUAGCAACAGUCGCGACGACGGCAAGCGGUCGUGGUCGCAGUCGACGUCGGUGAACGUGACAAACGAGCACAUCAUCCACGACCCACAAGCACUCAGGCCGGACCAGGGCAAAGACGACGACUUCACGGUGAUCGACAACCCGUUUGCCUUUGCGCCGGGACAUAUGAACAAAAUGUUUGAGCCCAAGAGCCUAUCGGCUUUUUGGGCUGUGGGCGGCCUCAGUGGACUGGAGAAGGGCCUGCAGACUGACCGGCGUGCCGGGCUGAGCGUGGACGAGACGACGGUGGGCAAGGCGGUGUCGUUUGAGGAAGCCACGCGGCCUGCGCGCGAGUUUGCGAGCGAGAAUGGCAACGGGCUGGGCAACGGCAAGAAGGCAGACACACCGGUGGCAGUGGACGCGUCAAGACCAGUACCCUCCGGACCAAGCAAGGACAAGGCCUUUGUGGACCGGAAGCGGGUGUUUAGCGACAACCGGCUGCCGGAAAAGAAGGCCAAGUCACUGCUGCAGCUAGUGUGGAUCACGUUCAACGACAAGAUCCUGAUCAUGCUCUCGAUCGCGGCGGCCGUCUCGCUGGCGGUGGGCCUGUACCAGACGUUUGGACAGAAGCACGAUGCGGCGAACCCGCCAGUGGAGUGGAUUGAGGGCGUGGCGAUCAUUGUGGCGAUCCUGAUCGUGGUGGUGGUGGGCUCGCUGAACGACUGGCAGAAGGAGCGACAGUUUGCGAAGCUCAACCGCAAGAAGACGGACCGGCUGGUCAAGGUAGUGCGUUCGGGGCGGCUGCAGGAGAUCUCGAUCAUGCAGGUGCUAGUGGGUGACGUGAUGCACCUGGAGACGGGUGACAUGAUCCCGGUGGACGGAGUGCUGAUCGAGGGCCACAACAUCAAGUGCGACGAGUCACAGGCGACGGGCGAGUCAGACCUGAUCCGCAAGCGGUCGGCCGACGAGGUUUGGGCGGCGAUUGCGAAGAAUGACGGCAACGAAGGCUUGCGCAAGAUGGACCCCUUCAUCCAGUCGGGCGGGCGGGUGAUGGAGGGCGUGGGCACGUUCAUGGUGACAGCAACGGGCGUGCAUUCGACAUACGGCAAGACGAUGAUGUCUCUGCAGGACGACCCGGAGAUUACGCCGCUGCAGAUGAAGCUGAACGUGAUCGCGGACUACAUUGCGAAGAUGGGCGGUGCGGCAGCACUGCUGCUGUUCAUCGUGCUGUUCAUCGAGUUUCUGGUGCGGCUGCCGAAACAACCGCCAUCAGUGACGCCAGCGCAAAAAGGACAGGACUUUAUCAACAUCUUCAUUGUGGUGAUCACGAUUAUCGUGGUGGCGGUGCCAGAGGGACUGCCGCUGGCGGUGACGCUGGCGCUGAGUUACGCGACGGCGAAGAUGUUGCGGGAGAAUAACCUGGUGCGACAGCUGAAGGCAUGCGAGGUGAUGGGCAACGCGACGACGAUCUGCUCGGACAAGACGGGAACGCUGACGCAGAACCGGAUGCGGGUGGUAGCAGGGACGGUGGGCACGGCGCACCGGUUUGGCGGCGUGGCCGAGGGGGAGGCAUCAUCGCCGGACUCACCAUCACAAGAGAGCUCGCGCGAGCUGUCAGCACAGGAGCUUACGAGUACGCUGAGCAAGGAAGUGCGCGAGCUGCUACUGCAGUCGAUUGUGCUCAACUCAACGGCCUUUGAGGGCAACGUGUCGGCGGGCGAAAGCGAGAGCGACGACCAGAGUAAGCAGAAGAAGAAAAAGGGCCUUCUGGGCCUGAAGAGCAAGAAGAAGGAGGCGCCGGUGGCGACUGCAGCGAUGGAGUUUGUCGGGUCCAAGACAGAGUCGGCGCUGCUCACGUUUGGGCGGGAGCACCUGGCAAUGGGACCGGUAGCAGAGGAGCGGGAAAAUGGGGCACGGACGCUGCAGCUGAUCCCCUUCGACUCGGGACGCAAGUGCAUGGGUGUGGUGGUCGAGCUGGCGGGCGGCAAAGGCGCACGGCUUCUGGUGAAGGGCGCUUCGGAGAUCCUGCUUAGUCAGUGCACGCAGGUGCUACGAGAGCCGGCACGUGACGCAGCAGCGGGGCCGAUGACAGAGGAGAACCGGACGAUGCUGUCAGCGCUGAUCGAACGGUACGCGUCGGGGUCACUGCGGACGAUCGGACUGGUGUCGCGCGACUUUCCGCAAUGGCCGCCGGCAUGGGCACGCAAGAGCCGGUACGGGGCGGACGAGGUAGUGUUCGAGGACGUGUUCCGGGAGAUGACGUUUGUGAGCCUGGUGGGCAUCAAGGACCCGCUGCGCGAUGGCGUGCGCGAGGCAGUGGCAGACUGCCAGCGGGCAGGGGUGGUGGUGCGGAUGGUGACAGGCGACAACCGACUGACGGCACAGGCGAUCGCGCUGGACUGCGGGAUUCUGCAGGCGGGAGAGACCAACAGCGAGGUGCUGGAGGGGCCGGUAUUCCGCAACAUGAGCCGGGAGGAGCAGGUGGCCGUGAUUCCACGGCUACACGUGCUGGCACGGUCGAGCCCGGAGGACAAGCGGGUGCUGGUGCAGCGGCUGAAGGAGAUGGGCGAGACGGUGGCGGUGACGGGCGACGGGACAAACGACGCGCCGGCACUCAAGCUGGCGGACGUGGGCUUCAGCAUGGGGAUCUCAGGCACAGAGGUGGCCAAGGAAGCAUCGGCGAUCAUCCUGAUGGACGACAACUUUGCAUCGAUCAUCAAGGCGCUGCGAUGGGGACGGGCGGUCAACGACGCGGUCAAGCGAUUCCUGCAGUUCCAGCUGACGGUCAACAUCACGGCAGUGUUGCUGACAUUUGUGUCGGCCGUGUCGAGCAGCGACGAGACGAGCGUGCUGACAGCAGUGCAGCUGCUUUGGGUCAACCUGAUCAUGGACACGCUGGCGGCACUGGCACUGGCGACAGACCCGCCACACCCAACGGUGCUGGACCGGCUGCCGGAGCGCAAGGGGGCGUCGAUCAUCUCGACGACGAUGUGGAAGAUGAUCAUCGGUCAGGCGCUGUACCAGCUAGCGAUUACGUUCAUGCUCUACUUUGGCGGACAGCAGAUCCUGCCGUCGUCAGACCAGGACGCGACAGACGACCAGGUGCAGACGCUGGUGUUCAAUACGUUUGUGUGGAUGCAGGUGUUCAACCAGUGGAACAACCGGCGACUGGACAACCGGUUCAACAUCUUUGAGGGCCUGACAAAGAACUACUUCUUCCUGGGCAUCAGCGCCAUCAUGAUGGGCGGCCAGGUGCUCAUCUGCAUGGUAGGCGGUGUGGCUUUCAACAUCCACCACCAGACGGGCGUCAUGUGGGCCUACGCGCUGGCCUUUGGCUUCAUCUCCAUCCCGAUGGGCAUCCUGAUCCGUCUGGUGCCGGAUGAGCUAUGCGAGCAGCUGGUGCCGGCCUGGCUGAAGGGUGUGAUGCGGCGAGCAGACCAGAAAGCGGCAGCCGGAACAACGGGCGAAUCAGAAGCCGCAAAUGCGAACAGCAACGGUGGUCACGUGGUGCUAGACGACGAGCGGUUCCGCAACUAUCCGGAGGCGCUGACCGAAGUGCGCGACGAGCUAGCCUGGCUGCGGCGCAUGCGUGGUGGCCGGCUGAACAAUCUCAAGUACGCGCUGCAGCACCCACGCGAGACGUUUGCGGUGCUGCCACGAUCCAAGACGCCGUCGUUGGCGCCGUCGCGGACGCACUCGCGAUCGCACUCGGGAUCCGCCGUCGAGGAUGUCGAGGGCAACGAAGGGCCGCGGCCGCCGCAUACGCCCUCGCGCGAGAACAGCUUCAGCUCGUUGGGCGGUGGUGGUGCGUCACCCCGACAGACAUCGACGCGCGGCACGUCUGGUGGGCUCUCCAUCAUCACGACUGGUCUCGGUCUCGGUGGCAUGGCAGCGACAUCCAACCCGACGUCUCCCCAGCACGCGCGGUCGCGGUCAAUGCGGUCUGUUCGGUCGAUACGGCCGUCGCGGUCGCGGUCCAACUCCGCACUCGGCGCGCCGUCCGUCAUGGCUGGCAUCAUCGCCGGCAGCGUGGCUGUCGGCUGGUCGCCCGUCGAUCGGUCCGGCAGCAGCGCCGGCACGAGCGGACGACCGCUGCUGUCGCGCGAACCGUCGGCAGUGUCGGCGACAUCGUCGGCCUCGCGGCAGCCAAACGAGAGCGACGAGGGCGGGAGUGGACAGGCACAGGAUCGGCAGCCAGUCCUCCUGCAAAGGGCGAGAAGUGAGAGCAACGACGGUGCGAUGUCAUACCUAGGACCGAGACAGACAGUUGGAGGGGGCGAGAAGGAUGCGUCGGCGGUAUUGGACGAUGCCAUGGAUGCAGACGUGGACGUGGACGUGGACGUGGACGUGGACGUGGACGUGGACGUGGACGUGGACGUGGACGUGGACGACGACGCGGACGACGACAAGACAGCAGACCUACCGCUGACGAUGAGCGCGUCGACAAUGCUGCUGGAGCUGCCGCGGGACGCGACGGCGGCGCUGGCGGCGGCAGGCUCGUUUGCGCACGACAAGGUCGUGGUGCGAUUCAAGGCAGUCGGGGCGCCGCCGUUGAAUGGCAGCGGUGGUGGCGAUGUGCGGCGCAAGAUUGCGGCGACGCAGCGGUUCGACGCGGUGGUGGCGUAUGUGCGGCGGGCGCUACGGGUGCGGCCAGGCGAGAGCGUGUUCCUGUACGUCAACUCGACGUUCGCGCCGGCCCUGGACGAGGUGCAUUUGGGUGAGGGGGGAGUAGGAGAAGGAAGAAGAGAGGUGGGGGGAGAUGGGGAGAGAUGGGGUGGAGAAAGAAGGAAAGACGAGUGA